AUGAUAGGUACAGAUUCCUAUCAUAUUGUUAUAGAUUAUAAUUGUAUAGAAGAAGAACAUAACUUUGAUUAUAGAUAUUCCUCAAUUGAAAUCACUGAAAUUGAUAUUGUAGAUAUUGAACAUAAGAAAACUAUGGCAGAAGCAAUUGAACCAAUUAAAGCAAAGCUGUUAGGAAAAGGAAUUAUAAGAUUAUAUCGAGAAUUUGAAGAUGAAGAAGAAGAACAAGACAGUGGCCAAUCAGAUAUAGAGUCACUCCGGAUACCAAGUAAACGUCAUUCCAAUCCUGGUGAUGAUACGAUGGUGGCAAUAUUAGCAGUACCAACUUAUUUUACAGCAACUGAUUUAUUAGGAUUUAUUGGAGAGAAUUAUAUGAAUCAUAUUUCACAUGUUAGAAUUCUUAAGAGUGAUAAACCAAAUCGAUUUUUAGUUUUAAUAAAAUUUAGGGAUAUCAUUAAAGCUGCAGAAUUUCAAUAUCAUUAUAAUGGGAAACCAUUCAAUUCAAUGGAACCUGAAGCAUGUCAUGUGGUGUAUGUGAAAUCUAUUCAAAUGAAUCACCCCCCCUUAAAACAAGAACAACAACAGCAACAACAGAAUGAUACUGCAGACUCCUUGAUUCCAUUUUUACUUCAAGAUCCAUUUACGUCACCACCAGAUUCUUCAAAUAAUAGUCCAGUUCAAACAAGUAUUGAUAAAUUUGUUUCAUUAGAUUCAGGUGGACUGGUUAGGGUUUCAUUAGUUGAAUUACCUACUUGUCCUGUUUGUUUAGAAAGAAUGGAUUCUACCAUAACGGGAUUACUUACGAUUCCAUGUCAACAUACUUUUCAUUGUCAAUGUUUAUCUAAAUGGAAAGAUGAUACAUGUCCGAUCUGCAGAUACUCACAUAGUUUAUCCAAUGAAAAGGUACGAAGAUCAAUGACUAGAUUACAACACUUAAAUCUACCAAGAAGAACUUCACAAGAUAAUUCUAAUCAAUUACUAAAUCAUUCAUCUAGUACUGCAACUACUCCUCCAAACACAUUAUUGCAGGAAUCAACAAGUGAAACUGAAGUAUGCAAUGAUUGUCCGGAAAUAUCAAAUUUAUGGAUUUGUCUCGUGUGUGGAAAUGUCGGUUGCAGCAGGUAUGCUCCACAACAACAUUCGUUAAAGCACUUUGUAAAUACAGGUCAUUGCUUUGCUAUGGAAAUAAGUACGUCAAGAGUUUGGGAUUAUGCAGGUGAUAACUAUGUACACCGGCUCGUAACGAAUGAAUCCGAUGGGAAAUUAGUUGAACUACCCGACAAAAAUAGUGUUGUGGGAGCAACAGGAAAAUCUAACAAUAAUAAUAAUAACAGUUCAACAAUAGACAAGAUAGACGAGGUUGGAUUUGAAUAUUCACAACUUUUGAUUAGUCAGCUUGCAAGUCAACGCGAGUAUUACGAAUCCCUCCUUGCAGCAAAAGAUUCACCAACUAAACUCAGACGCGGAUCUAGCAUGUUACCUGCCGCAAAUCUGGAGACUGUCACGGAGUUACACAUGAAAAUUGAAGAUUUGAGUUUAAAAUUAACUGAUUUAACAACUAAUUUAAUCCCGUCCUUAAAAGAAAAGAUUCAAAUAAAAGAUGAAAAGUUAAAUUCAGUCAUGAGAGAAUUAAAUAUUGCUAAUAGUUUAAAUGAUGCUUUAUCUAAAAAAAUAGAAUAUAUUCAAAAAGAUUCGGAAAAAUGGAAUAAAAAAAUAGAAGAAUUAAAUGAUCAAAAUAAGAGAUUACAAGAAGAAGUCUCGGAUUUGAUGUUCUUUUUAGACAGCCAAGAGAAAUUUAAAAAUGAAUCACAAGAUGUAAGGGACGGAACUAUUGUUAUUCAACAAUCUUCAAAAACAUCGUCAUCAUCUUCCAAAAAGAGUAAAAAGAAAAAGAAAUAA